AUGUCGACGCUGCAGCGACGAUACGGCCUGUCCAGCUGGUCGAUCACGGUGAUCCUCUUCGCAGACAGCGCGAGCCCGUUCUUUGUGAGCUUCCUGGUGGGACACUACUCGCGCACCGUGUCCAAGCCGCUGCUCAUCUUCUGCGCCAUCGUAGCCCUCGUGAUCAGCUGCUUGAUGAGUGCGCUGCCGUUCUUCCUGUACGGACCGGGCUCGCCCCUAGGUGUCGUCGGACGCUGCCGGAGGACCACCCUGGAUACCUGCCAGACGGCGGACUCGAUGCAGCCGCUGCAACCAAGUUGCGAAGGCCGCGGCAUGCCGGAGUCUUACGUCGUGACGGCCGUGCUGUUCGCGGCCAACUGCUUCUACGGAUCCGCGUACAGCGUGCUCUUCAUCUCCGGGAGCACGUACGUGGAUGACAGCGUGAAGAAGAAAAACUCUCCUCUGCAUUCGAAAAGGAUGAUCACCAAGGUGACCUACCUGCUUAGUGUGACAAACUCAGUACAGACCUGCAACCUGUACUUCGUACAGGUUGCAGCCACUGUUGCCAUACUAAGGCUGGCCGGACCAACGCUUGGCUACUCCCUGGGAUCCUUGUGCCUGCGCUACUAUGAGGACCCUCGAUUGGACCCAUCGCUGGAACGGACCGAUCCUCGCUGGGUGGGUGCCUGGUGGAUGGGAUACGUGGUGCUGGGUGCCUGUCUGGCAGCAACCGCAUUUCUCGCACUCUUGUUCCCGCGCAACUUGUCGCCACCGGCUUCACGAUGUGCUGCCCGAGAAGCACCCGCAGAGAACGCCAAUGGGAUGAGUACCUUCUGGCGUUCGCUACGGACCUUGUUCGGGAACCCGGCUUACGUGUUCCGGCUCAUUUACUGGCUGUUGGCGAGUAACGCGACCUUGGGCCACGCCAUGAUGAGCUCCAAGUACGUCGAAGUCCAAUUCAGGACUUCUGCCUCCCAAGCCAGCUUUCUCAUCGGUCCCGUACUGAUGGUAACCAACGCCCUGGGGCUUGGCAUGGGUGGCUUGGCCCUGCACGCCUUCAGGCCAAGGCCUCGCCUUGUGACGUUGUACACGACGCUCUGCGACGUGGCCAAGCUCGCCUGCCUCGUAGCGUGCGCCUUCAUUGGCUGCGAAGCCAUACGGCUGGCUGGCACCAUCAGCACCGUCCCCGGCCACGGGUCGUCGAUACAGGUAGCUUGCAGUAAUACCUGCAACUGCACCACCAGGCACUUCCAGCCCGUUUGCGACCCCGUCAAAGACACGGUUUUCUUUUCACCUUGUCACGCGGGCUGCACCAAGAUAUCUGCAACAGAAUCCGGUACGGUGUCUCUCGGCAACUGUUCGUGUUUCCCAAGACUACCUGCCCAAUACGAGUACCAGGAAACCGACCAAGAGGCACCUUACCUGGGUUUGUGCACCACCGACGCGUGCAGCCAUGUGAUGACGUUCAUUGCAUUGUCAUCGUUGAUAGGCUUCAUCGUCCGCACCACAACUGUAGGACACACAAUUGUCGGGCUCAGGAUUGUACCUCGCGAGGAGAAAGCGAUGGCUCUGGGCGUCCAAGAAGGCCUGAGCAGUAUUUUUACUUACAUUCCGUACCCGAUGCUCUACGGGGCCAUCUUCGACUCCGCUUGUCUCGUUUGGGAGGACAAGUGCGGCAAGCCGGGUGUCUGCUGGCUCUACGACACGGAUCGGCUGCGAUACGCCUACCACGGCUUGUCCGUCGCCAUCCUGCUCGCCGCUAUAGUCUUCGAGCUGGGCCUCGUUUACCACAGCGGUCGCAUGUCCGACUUCUACUCGGACGCGCCUGCCCCGUCAUCGUCGCUUCACAAAUCUCCCGUAGUGAUCUCGGACGGUCCCGAAGGUUCGCCUCUAGUUGACGAGCAGAAGAAGACGAAGGCUAGAACGAAAUGUGAGGCGGCAGAAGGAGGAAGUGGUGAAAGCGAAGACGAAGAUCUUCUCAGCGACGAAGAUCGUCAGACAUCGUGCGGCUGCUGUAAGCAGGAGCCGAAAGAUCAAGCGUCGACGUGCUGAAUAAGCAGUCCGCGCUUAUCUUCAGAGAUGAGUUUCAACGUGAUGUAGCACUCGUUCAUGUCUACCAGCGGACAGGACCAGUGGAUGCCUUUAUCAAAGAAUUGACCAAGCCAAACGUGGUGCUAAGCACUGGUCUUGCGUGUUGUGUUCAACGUGCGUCUUUUUACAGCUGUGAGCAUGCACUGAAUUUCUUCAGUGGCCCAAGACACUGGCGUGUAACAUGUGCGUUGUGCUCCCGUGUGGCUUUACAGCCACAAUAUGAACGAUUCUGCAGAGACAACCGCGGUCGGGCUUUUAUGACAAGUUCUGGUGGAAAUGUGCAGAGAAAUACCGGUCCUGCAACCAUCACGAUAAAAUUGCUACUUUAAAGCAUGACGAAAAGUGAUAAGGUAUCCUUUUUUCGUAUGGACGAGCUCGGUGGUGCCUUGAAAGAUAGGUAGUGAACAUCACACAUGCAACCUGCAUGUCUGAGAGUACCCGCUAUUUUGUGGUGCUUGAAGCCCAACAUACAUUUUUUACAAACGUUAAAGGACCCCUGAACGACUUCAACUUCGAAGGCGAAAGCGCGGUUUGUUUCUCACCUUCGCUUCUCCUCCUAUACAGGUGCUAUCUGUACUCCUCGCCGCUUAUUUCUUUAUGAGACACGUGUACAAUAUGAGAAUACUCGCAGUUGUGUGUAUCGAGACUUCACACUUUUUUUGGCUAUACGCUGUUAUCUGCGUUUUUAACGGUACAAAACCUACUAUAUGAGGUGAAAUCAGUUCAUCGCGCAUGACAGCCAAGCGAGACAUGGAAAAGGGACGUGCGACUGCAUGGCAAUGUGUCAUGUUAGGCAUAUAAUAACUGAUGUCGCAUGUAGAUGGACUAAUCGAGAGCUUGUAUCCGAGCAACAUCACUUACACUGUCGGCAUUGCAUAGUGCGGCGAAAAAAAAAGGGAGAUACUUCUGGGAAGAAAGCGCUGACUGCAUGCAUCUUCAGUUGUCGUUUAGGGGCCCUUUGAGACUGUCUGCUUUACUGAUGUUGCGCAUCCCGUGCCAAAUAAGCUGUAGGUGUACAGCAUGCGUGUAUAUUGAAUUGACCACUGAAACCAACACAAGAACCUGCUGGUUGCUGUGCUUGUAUGACAUGUUAACUCGUUUUGUACACAGAGUACAAACUACGGACUCUCCGUCCUUCGACCCGUACAUCGUGCGCGCUGCACAGUACAUGAAACUCGAUGAUAUUUAAAUGCCACUUUUGUAGGCUUCUUUGAUUAUUUUUUUCCCAGUGGAUCCUGUGGAGUGCGAUGAUUUCGAUGAUAUAUCUAAUUGAAACUACACGCUUGAAGCGGGUAUUGCACUGUUAAUACGCCAAAAUCGCCAUGUAUUAUAAGCCGUGUGCCAUUCCUAGCGUAUCAUUGGGGGAAAAUUGCCCUAAGCAUGGUGCCAUGUGCCUUGUAGCGUUUUGAGUCACAAAACGAACAUGCCGGCUAAAAUAGCACACCGAUGUUUGUUGCAAAGGAGAGCUUGAUAUUUCUGGUGUGAUUGUUUUUUAUUUGCGCGAAAUAAAAACAAGCGUUCGUCUUUUGUUGUAA